AACUAAUUGCAGCUUAUCGUAUCGUCAUGUGUUGCCUGCCAAGAACGUCGGAGAAGUAGAGUCCGAAUGUGCCCGAUGUGGACCUCGUACUCUAUUUGAACGACACGCAGUUGAACCCACACAGCCCACACAAGGCAGCCCCCUCUGUCCCAUCUGUUCAUCAACUUGUCGUCUUCGCACUGGAGACCACCCUGUGAUCUGGAACUCCUUCUCCUUCGUGUCUUGCAAAUCUCGAGCAUGCACUUAUCUCUCAUUCGGAUUCAAAGACAGUACGCGAAAACCGAGGAUGGGUGAAGAAGAUAUACAGAUGCUCGAGAGAGAGUAUUGCCCUCCUAUAGACCCUGCCCUCAUUCCCGCGAUAUAUUCGGAUUAUGCGGGGACCCCGAAUGCGAUAGACUCCGUAAGGAAGGACCUAGAUGUGUUGAAAGAGGUGGCGCUGUUGGAGCAAUCCACAGGAUUCGAUCCUUCCGGAACAAGCGGUGAUGCGGAGCGCGCCAGCGCAGGCCAGCAGAGCAACGAUGCGGUGUCGAGCCCAGCUACGUCGGUCUCACGAACAACAACAACGGGGCAUACGAGCUUAUCGAACGACAUAUCGACUCUCAGUCUGGUUGGAAAUUCUGGGAAUGGUUCAGAUGGCUCCUUGGAUGGAGGCUGUUUCGGGGAAAUCGAACAAGCAGAUGCACCUACAAAAGAACUCUCGCUUGCACAGAUGUUCCAGACACUGCGCUAUGACUUCGUUGCGUACACGCUGAAAAAGUGCAAUAAUGACUACAGCAAAGCAACCGAAGAGUUGUUGAACCAUGUGUACUUCGAGAAUUCUAGGAGUAGCCCUGGGGAAGGGGAAGAAGGCGCGGUCGCAAAAGGUAUCGACGCUUUCGCCGAGGAACACCAUGUACCGCACCGCAGAAAGAAAGCCAAGGGCAAAGGAAAAAAGAAUAGUCAAGCUUCUCCACCGCACUCCAGUAAUAGUUCGGCAUCGAUUUCGGAAACAGACGUAUCGCGUGCGCUGCCUACGAACAAGUGGGUUGAUGGGAACCACGCUGUCGAGUUCAUCGCGUCGCGCACGAAUCUAUCGACGAAGACGAUUGCUUCGAUCUACCAUAGCAGCGGCGCAUCAAUCUCAGCCGCAAUCAAAGCCAUAGCGGAAAAAAAUAUCUCAGUCCACCAGAACGAGCAGGAGCCAGCUGCUUCAUUACUCCAAGACGCAAUCGAACUCAAUGCCGACUUCCCCGCCCUAGACCUCAGCCAUGCCAUCGCCCUCAUUCGUCUUUCCGCACCAUCCACCGCAGCUGCCCACGAACUUGCAAAAGCCAUGCUCGCUCGACCGGCUGCUUCAUCUACAUCUACAUCUACAUCUACAUCUACAUCCCUCCAUAACAUUGAAAUAAUCCCUAAAUACGCCCCCCUAAACCUUACCUCACCGGACAAUUCCUCCUCGCCCUCUAAUCUCUCAGUUACCCCGCUCACCCCAUCCGCCCUCCCCCAGACUUCCGCCACCCUCCUCGCCGCCCGCACCGCCGCAUUCUCUCAAGCCACCACCUUAUACCGUAAAGGAAAAUCUACACCACUCAUGAAAUCCGCCGCAGGGUACUACGCGCAAAUCGGCCGUGACCUCAACGCCAACCUGAAAGCCGUGAAUGAAGCUGACGCCGACGCGCUCGUGGACUCCCAGUCUUCGAGUACGGUUCUGGAUCUGCAUGGCGUGAGUGUGGCAAGUGCAGUCAGAAUUGCGCAAGAGAGGGUGGGGGGGUGGUGGGAGGGGCUUGGGGAGGGGAAGAUUUUGGAGUAUAGGGGUGGGAGGAGAGGGGAAGGGAUUGGAGAGGGGUUUAGGGUUGUUACGGGGUUGGGAAGGCAUAGUGAGGGAGGAAGGGGGAAGUUGGGGCCGGCGGUUGUGAGGGCGUUGGUUAGAGGGGGUUGGAAGGUGCAGGUUGGGAGUGGGGAGGUUCUUGUUGUGGGGAGGGUGAGGGGAGGGUGA